CACAAUCACCACUCUUAAGAUGGAUGGGUUUUAUGCAAACUCGUCGCCGAUGCGUGCGGUCCUAACCAGACUUCGUGGCCCGGACAUAGACGAUCACUUACAACUCUUCGGAACGAUCGAUUGGUCAUCUACAAGUCUGGGACCGCUUGAUAGCUGGCCACAGGAACUGGCGACUCAGAUCUUCCUCACUAUGCUAGUCCCAGAUCCGCAGUCCUUGGUUCUGGGCGAGGAUCAGAUAGUCAUUUACAAUCAAGCAUACGGACGGCUCAUUCGAGAUCACCAUCCCGGAUACUUCGGGAGACCCGUGGCCACCUGGACGGAGUGGCAGCCAUACUUUGAGAAGAUGGGAGCAAUUUAUGUGCAAGCCGANAAAACCGGACGAGCUUGGCUGAACUCAGCGUUUCCAAUGGUCAUGGACAGUGGUGGCUUCAAAGAAAACGUGGAUUUCAGCUGUGCUGUCAUCUGUCUACCUCCACCUUUGAAUGGAUUCCUUGGGUCGUUUAAAGAAACCACAGCGACUGUCGCAGCCGACAAAAGGAAUCUAAUCUUGGAGGAUUUGGUCUCAGCAUGGAAGUCAUCCUCUUCUUUGAAAGCACUUUGGUCCAAUGUGCUGAAAAGCGUAUCUCAAUACCCUGAGCUCUUCCCAUUCUGCUCAUUAUACUCCACUACCCUAGCCAUACAAAACGAUCUGUCAAUUUCGGAUUCGAGCGGAAAUGAAUCCGAUGGUUGCAUCUACACACUCGAAGGAAAAGUCGGGAGUGUAGAUUCUGACUUUCCAGGNAUACCCCAGAACCUUGACCUCGGGACCGAGAUGGAUGGAGCGUCUUUAGACCCGUUCUUAUCAUAUUUUCAACAAGCCGAGAGGACGAGAAGCCCUGUUACCAUGGACGUAAGAGACAUACCCCUGGGAUGGCAAAGCAUCGCAAAAUCUCGCGGUGUCGCUGAAUCUUGUCGAGGAGCUGUUGCUUGUCCUAGUAGCUCCAACCAGCUCAGCAGAGUACAGGCCUUCCUGGUAUUCGGUCUGUCGACUCGAGACGCUUACAAUGAAUUGUACCAGGAGUGGGUCCUGCGGCUACAGCGAGAGUUCUCAGAUGUUGUUGCCUCCAUUCUCUCGACACAGGAAGCAGCUAGGAAGAAAAAAGAGACAGCGAGGAGAUUGCGUCUUGAGUCAGAAUUGAUGAACAAAGAGCUUGCACUCCAGAGAAAGGAAGCCGAGCUUGCAGCACUCAGAGUUGAAAGGAUCACCAAGAUCGUUGGGCUGGCGAACAUAGCGAUCUUCGAGCAUGAUUUGAGUGGUCGACUCGUAUUUGCUAAUGCANNGGAUGCUUUCUACAAACUUGUGGAUGCUCCUGAGGAUCGGAGUGACAGGAUGCCAUUCCUUCCAACCGAACACUGGGAUGCCUUACUACGAGGAGAGUCACGAACUUUCGAACUUAGGUGCCGGGACGGGACAUGGGGUCUUUGCAGCGCCUUACCGACCAGAAAUCAAAAUGGUCAAAUAGAUGCUGUGAUCGGAGUGAUCACCGACAUCGAAUCACAGAAACGUGCCGAACAAGAAGCCUGUGCGAAAAUAGAAGCACUAGAGAAGGCACGUCUAGCCGAGAAGAGAUACUAUCGAUUUCUGGAAAUCAUCCCAAGUGGCAUCGCUGUCACAGACCCGUCUGGACAGAUUACAUAUGCAACACAGGCAUGGUAUGAGAUGACCGGACACCGACCUUGUGGCUUCGGCGAAAUCAGAUGGCAAGAUGUCAUACACGAAGAGGAUCUGAAUUUCGUCGAGCGUCAUAUGAAAAAACUUACUUCCGAAAAUCAACCAGUCGCGUUCCAAUUUAGGAUGAAGAGGCCUUGGAUAAAUCCAGCAGGCGAGAAUUGCGGCAGUAAGUUGACCAGAAGCAUGCUUUCGUUUGUUAUAGUCGUNUCCUGGAUGCUUUGUAACGCGCUUCCCGAGUUCAGAGAUGAUGGCUCUGUUGAGCAAGUCGUAAGUGCAAUUACCGAUAUAAGUCAUCUUAAAUUCGCCGAGUCGGUCAGCUUCAACCGAGUCGAAGAAGCCAACGAGAGCAAGAGACACGCUUUGGCUUUUAUUGACAUGACCAGUCAUGAGGUAUACUCGUCUUUUGGCCAGUUCACCAUUGAUAGUAUAACUAACUGUACCAGNAUUCGAAAUCCGCUCGGCGCGGUUAUACAUUGUGCAGAUAGCGUUUCGGAGUCUCUAACAGAGCUCAAGAGGCUGCUUUCUGACCCGACAAAACGAAGUCUGGAAGUAAAUAAAGUUGCAGUGAAAGAUGAUCAGCACCUGACGCAAUUGAUCGAUGCUGGCAUAGAUGCGGUCAGCACCAUAUUGUCAUGUUCAGAGCACUUGACGAACAUAGUUACAGACACCUUGACACUAAGCAAGCUUGACGCCAACCUCCUGCGGAUUAGUCCUUCUGCCGUACAGGCGGUCUCCAUACUCCGGGACAUCCAGAAGAUGUUCGAGGUCGAGGCCGAAAGACUAGGCGUCAACCUGAGCACGAUUGUCGAUUCAUCAGUAGCAGUACAGGAUGCGGAAUGGAUGGCCAUCGACCCAGGCAGAGUCAUGCAGAUUUUGAUCAACCUUGUGAGUAAUGCCAUCAAAUUCACAAGGACAAGUACAAGCGGACGAAAAGACAUUACGGUUCGCAUGGGUGCUUCGAAAAACCGUCCGCUGAACCUUCCGGUCGAUUUCACCAUUGCGAGGGCACUUCAAGACAGCAUAUACGAUACUGCCGAAUUUUCGGAGAACACUUGCUACCUCUGGUUCACCGUCGAAGACACAGGCAUUGGUAUGAACUCAGAAGAGCAAAACAGGAUUUUCUCCCGGUUUGCGCAAGGCUCGAUUCGGACGCACAAGACCUAUGGAGGCUCGGGGCUCGGAUUGUUUAUCAGCAGAACAUUGAGCGAGCUACAAGGCGGAGAGAUUGANGUCUCAAGUGAGCCUGAAAAAGGCUCUACUUUCGCUUUCUUUGUCAAGGCGCAUACGACCUCGCCGCCACAGUUGCAAGAAAAUGGCAAUGGCAUCUCUAGGCUUCCAAGCCCGGCAGCUCAUGACCUCAAGCCAGGGAAAAUACCAAAAAAGGGCUACGUAACAUACGUCGCAAAUCAUGGACAGGAAGCGCUUGACUUUUUGAGAAAAACCAAGCUUUGGAAGGGCAAUGGUCUUAACCCUGCUGCGCCAGAUAUAGAUGUUGUCCUCAUGAUGCCAGUUAUGGACGGUCUCGAGUGCGCAAGAAACAUUCGAAACUACCAACACACAGGCGAAAUGAGGUCAAAUCUUCCCAUCAUAGCCGCAUCUGCAAAUGCAAGAGCCGAGCAGAUCCAGUUGGCUUUACAAGCAGGAAUGGAUGAUUCCAUCACAAAGCCAUUUAGAAUCCCAGAAUUGACGCCGAAGAUCGACUCAUUCGCUGCAUGGGCAAGAGCACAGGGA